AUGAGGACCAGCCCCGAUACCAAACUUCGCAUGCGAAUCCUCCAGAAAGUGCUCUCUCCUGUCAAUCCCUCUCCCUCAUCCACCACGAUGUCUUUCAACCCCAGCGCCGUGGACUUGGAUUCCGCGGACCCAAGAGAUAUCAUCUGUUACUUGAAUGCUGGCGAAAACGACUACGAUGGACGCAUGGGUGCUCGCAUCUCUGCCAUUUUUGUCAUCUUCGUCGUGUCUACCGCGGUGACCUUCUUCCCUGUGAUCGCCAAACGCAACCCCCGACUGCAUAUUCCUCAGUAUGUCUACCUUUUCGCCCGGUACUUCGGUGCAGGUGUCAUCGUCGCCACCGCGUUCAUCCACCUUCUCGAUCCUGCGUACGACGAGAUCGGCCCGGCAAGCUGCGUGGGCAUGACCGGCCACUGGGCAGACUACUCCUGGUGUCCUGCAAUCGUGCUUGCCUCGGUGAUGGGCGUCUUCCUUUUGGACUUUGGAGCUGAGCGCUACGUGGAGGUCAGAUACGGAGUCUGCAGGGAGGAUCCGGAGACAUUGGUGACCAGCACCGCAGACAAUGGAGAGGCUAUCCCCGCGCAGGCCGACCGUAAUGCCAAAAAGACGGACGAUGCGCUCGAGGCUCAGUCUCUGGAUUCCGCCUGGAUCGAACGCUCCUUCAAGCAGCAGAUUGCGGCCUUCCUGAUCCUCGAGUUCGGCAUCAUCUUCCACUCCGUCAUCAUCGGCCUGAACCUGGGGGUCACUGGCGACGAGUUCCCAACCCUGUACCCCGUCCUGGUAUUCCAUCAGUCCUUCGAGGGCCUGGGUAUCGGAGCCAGAAUGUCGGCGAUUCCCUUCCGCAAGGGAAGCUGGCUUCCAUGGGUCCUCUGUCUGCUCUACAGCCUCACGACUCCGAUUUCCAUUGCCAUUGGCCUCGGUGUGCGCACGACCUACAACUCGGGAUCAUACACUGCAAACGUUGUUUCGGGCGUCCUGGAUGCCAUUUCAGCGGGAAUCCUGAUCUACACAGGCCUUGUCGAGCUGCUCGCCAGGGACUUCCUCUUCGACCCGCAUCGCACCCAGGAUAAUAAGCGCCUGGUGUUCAUGGUGAUUUCGCUGCUAUUAGGAACAGGAAUCAUGGCGCUCCUCGGAAAAUGGGCAUAA